ACCCUAUUUUAAAUCUACCUGGACAUGAUCCUGUGGUUCUCGCGUUGAAGUGUUCCACCUCGGCCACCCCCGUACCUUCUCUGGAUAGCGCCCCCUGCAGGGACACUGACUCCGCCAGAGCUCUGACGUCACGGGGCCGGUUUCCCAAGAUUGCUGCGGGAGUCGGAGGCUGCCGGGCUGGGAGAGUGUUUCCCAGGCUUCCGGAGCGGAUAUUGAGCUACUGGAGACACUGUGGUUGGAACCUGCGCUUCUUUUUAGGGAUUAAAAAAAUAAAAAUAAAUAAAUAACCGUUUCCCGAAAAACAAGCUGCGGAGUCUCGGGAGUUUCCACACAGACGAGUGCCCUCAGAGCGGUGCGAUGGAGGAUGGGAAGCCAGUGUGGGCGCCCCACCCAACAGAAGGGUUCCAGCUGGGGACCAUUGUGGACAUCGGCGCUGACAGCCUCACCAUCGAACCUCUCAAACAGAAGGGAAAGACCUUUUUGGCUCCCGUCAACCAAGUCUUCCCUGCAGAGGACGAUGUCAACAAACACGUUGAGGACAACUGCUCUUUGAUGUAUUUGAAUGAAGCCACUCUGCUCAAUAACGUUCGUGUGAGAUACAGCAAAGACAAAAUCUAUACGUAUGUAGCCAACAUCCUGAUCGCCGUGAACCCGUACUAUGACAUCCCAAAGCUUUACUCACCGGAGGCCAUCAAGCAGUACCGGGGCAGGUCGCUGGGAACGCUGCCGCCACACGUCUUUGCCAUCGCUGAUAAGGCCUACAGGGACAUGAAGGUCCUGAAAAUGAGCCAGUCCAUCAUCGUCUCAGGGGAGUCCGGGGCUGGGAAGACCGAGAACACCAAGUUUGUGCUGAGAUACUUGACGACCUCGUAUGGAUCAGGGCAGGACAUAGACGAGAGAAUAGUGGAAGCGAACCCUUUGCUGGAGGCUUUCGGAAAUGCAAAAACCGUCCGGAACAACAACAGCAGCCGCUUUGGAAAGUUUGUGGAAAUCCACUUCAAUGAGAAGAACGCCGUAGUGGGUGGCUUCGUGUCGCACUACCUGCUGGAGAAAUCGAGGAUCUGCCGGCAAGGCCCCGAGGAGAGAAACUACCAUAUCUUCUACCGACUGUGUGCCGGAGCUCCCGAGGGCAUCAGGCAGAAGUUCCACCUCGGCUCCCCGGACACGUUCAGGUACCUGAACAGGGGGUGUACUCGGUUCUUCGCUACCAAAGAGACGGACAAAGAGAUCCCGCAGAAUCGCAAGAGCCCAGAGCACAUGAAGUCAGGCCCGCUGAAGGACCCGCUGCUGGAUGACCGCGGGGACUUCAACCGCAUGUGCGUGGCCAUGAAGAAGAUUGGCUUGGACGACACGGAGAAGCUGGAUCUGUUCAGGGUGGUGGCCGGCGUGAUGCACCUCGGAAACAUCAACUUCGAGGAGGCUGGAAGCACGUCAGGUGGCUGCACCAUCAAGAACCAGUCGAGUCAGACUUUGGAGCACUGUGCCGAGCUGCUGGGCCUGGAGGAGGAGGACCUGAGAGUCAGCCUCACUACCAGGGUCAUGCUCACAACAGCAGGGGGCGCCAAAGGAACGGUCAUCAAAGUGCCGCUCAAAGUGGAGCAGGCCAACAACGCUCGGGACGCCCUGGCCAAGGCCGUGUACAGCCGUCUGUUCGACCAUGUGGUGACCAGAGUCAACCAGUGCUUCCCCUUCGACUCCUCCGCCACCUUCAUUGGCGUCCUGGACAUUGCUGGCUUUGAGUACUUUGAACACAACAGCUUUGAGCAAUUCUGCAUCAACUACUGUAACGAGAAACUGCAGCAGUUCUUCAAUGAGCGCAUCCUGAAAGAGGAGCAAGAGCUGUACCAGAGGGAGGGGCUCGGAGUCAACGAGGUUCACUACGUCGACAAUCAGGACUGCAUAGACCUGGUGGAGGCGAAGUUGGUCGGCAUCCUGGACAUCCUGGAUGAGGAGAACCGGCUGCCUCAGCCCAGUGACCAGCACUUCACCGACACUAUUCACAACAAGCACAAGGACCAUUUCCGCCUGACGGUACCCAGGAAGUCGAAGCUGACCGUCCACAGAAACGUCAGGGAUGAUGAAGGAUUUAUUAUCAGACACUUUGCAGGAGCCGUGUGCUACGAGACGACCAAGUUUGUGGAGAAGAACAACGACGCCUUGCACAUGUCUCUGGAGUGUUUGGUCAGCGAGUCCAAGGACCGCUUCGUCCAUGAGCUCUUCGAAAACGCCAACAACAACAAAGAUGUGAAGCAGAAGGCGGGAAAACUCAGCUUCAUCAGCGUUGGCAACAAAUUUAAGACCCAGCUGAAUCUUCUGUUGGACAAGCUCCGCAGCACGGGCUCCAGUUUCGUUCGCUGCAUUAAGCCAAACCUGAAGAUGGUUAACCACCAGUUUGAAGGAGGUCAGAUUCUCUCCCAGCUGCAGUGCUCUGGUAUGGUGUCGGUGCUGGACCUGAUGCAGGGCGGCUUUCCCUCCAGAGCUCCUUUUCACGAGCUCUACAAUAUGUACCAGAAGUACAUGCCUCCCAAACUCACACGGCUCGACCCGCGCCUCUUCUGCAAGGCUUUAUUCAAAGCCCUGGGACUGAAUGAGCACGACUACAAGUUCGGCCUGACCCGAGUGUUCUUCAGGCCCGGGAAGUUUGCAGAGUUUGACCAGAUCAUGAAGUCGGACCCGGACCACCUGGCCGAGCUGGUGAAGAAAGUCAACAAGUGGCUCAUCCACAGCCGCUGGAAGAAGGUCCAGUGGUGUGCUCUGUCCGUCAUCAAACUGAAGAACAAGAUUUUGUACCGGACCGGCGCCUGCAUCAAGAUGCAAAAGACGGUUCGGAUGUGGCUCUGCAGGAAGAAGCACAAGCCGCGGAUCGACGGGUUGGUCAAGGUGCGUAACCUGAAGAAGAGGAUGGGCCGCUUCAACGAGGUGGUGGCCGGGCUGAAGGAGGGCAAGCAGGAGAUGAGCAGGCAGAUCCAGGAGCUGGAGGCCGCCAUCGAUGCCCUGAUGGUCAAAAUCAAGGGCACCGUCAUGACCCGCAUCGAUAUCGACCACGAGUACCAGGCCCUGGUGACCCGGUCAGAGCAGCUGCUGACAGCCAUGCAGAACAAGAAGAAGGAGGAGGAGGAGAGGGAGCGGCUUCGACGCAUCCAGGAGGAGAUGGAGAGGGAGAGGAAGAGGAGGGAGGAGGAGGAGCAGCGCCGCAAGCAGGAGGAGGAGGAUAGGCGACUGAAAGCAGAGAUGGAGGUGAAGAGGAAGCAGGAAGAGGAGGAGAGGAAGAGGAGGGAGGAGGAGGAGAGGAGGCUGCAGAUGGAGAUGGAGGUGCAGCUGCAGGCAGAGCGGGAGGAGGAGGCGGCUCGGCAGACCAUCCUGGAGCAGGAGAGGAGGGACAGGGAGCUGGCGCUGAGGAUCGCCCAGAGCGAGGCGGAGCUCAUCCCAGAGGAGGUGCAGAACGACACAGGCCUACGCAGUAACGGCUCCUCAGUUCCAUCGUCCCCAGAGAGAGCAGCCGCUGCUGGAACCACAAAACUCAAGAGCUUGACCAUGGAGGAAAUGGCGAAGGAAAUGACUGAACUUCUGACUCGAGGUCCACAGGUCCAGGCCUCCAAGGCCGCUGCUGAGGCCAAGAAGUACGAGCUGAACAAGUGGAAGUACGCCGAGCUGCGAGACGCCAUCAAUACCUCAUGUGACAUCGAGUUGCUGGCCGCCUGCAGGGAGGAGUUCCACCGCCGGCUCAAAGUCUACCACGCCUGGAAGUCAAAGAACAAGAAGAGAAACACUGAAGCGGAGCAGAGAGCGCCGAAGUCCGUCAUGGACUACGCCCAGCAGAACCCUGCCCCUCCCAUACCUGCCCGGCAGUACGAAGUGGCCAUGAACCGGCAGCAGCGCUACUUCCGCAUCCCCUUCAUCCGGCCGGGCGACCAAUACAAAGACCCCCAGAACAAGAAGAAGGGCUGGUGGUACGCUCACUUCGAUGGGCCCUGGAUCGCCAGGCAGAUGGAGCUGCAUCCUGAUAAACACCCCCUUCUACUGGUGGCAGGGAAGGACGACAUGGAGAUGUGCGAGCUGAGUCUGGAGGAGACGGGCCUGUCGAGGAAGAGGGGAGCCGAGAUCCUCCCUCGGCAGUUUGAGGAGAUCUGGGAGCGCUGUGGCGGGAUCCAGUACCUCCGCAGCGCCAUCGAGAACCGGCAGGCGCGACCCACCUACGCCACGGCCGUGCUGCAGAGCAUGUUCAAGUGACGGGGCCGGGGCUUCUCACUGCAGACAAAGGGACGAGUGCAGCAGCUACCUAACAGAUGGCAUCCAAGUGCACAGCACUAGGUUCUGACUGUGGGCCGCUCAUGUCAGCAGCCAGUUUUUUCAGCUGUCCUUUUGCUAUUUGUUUAAGUUUUUGUUGUUGUUGGCUCUCAGUUCUGGGGGGCGGGGGGGUUGCAUUGAAACUUAUGCAGAGAAAUCAUACUAAAUGAUCACAUCCGGUUGUUUUCCAGCUAAUUCUGUUUCUGCAGUCUAACGACGGGGCCUUAAUUCUACUUUAACAGGGUUGAAUUGCCAGAAGUAGGACUUUGUUUUCAGUUCUGCUUCCUCACACGUGAAAACCUUUGAUUCCUCUGUAAUUAUGCAUUCCUGAUUAUCACACUGACGUUUCGCCGGUGUGUGGCUUCCUUCCUAACAGCUCGUUGGUGACCCCUCUCUGACCUAAACCUGCUGUUUACGUCGUCUUCAUGUGGUUCUUACAGGGCAAAGAAAACUUGCACAAGGAGUUGUGAGCUCUCACUGUGAGGCAGUGCUGCAUGAGUGUCUGAUGAUUCCUCCCGACUGCACUCGUAAUGACUUCCGAUAUUUGAUAAUACUGUUUUAUUUUAUCUUUUGUCUUUCCAGCUGAACGCAACUGAUCUCAUUGAUUUGUCUUGUAGUGAUUCCUCUUUUCAUUUUGUGCAAUUUAAUGUGUAAAGCUAAUGAGAAAGCUCCAAAAACCUUUGACUUUGAGACCAAACGCCGCUCUAGCAUGAAGCCCCGCUUGGGGGCUUUUGGCCAGAGCAGAAAUUCAGCCAUUAGUUUCUCUCUGAGUUUAUUAAGCAAAGCGGAAAAUGUGAAGUAAUUAUGCAACUAUUGAGACACAAGUCCGCGUGUUGCUGCUGUGUGAGAGCAGAUCAGCGCCGCAGAAAAGCCCUUAGGUCAUUCGUGCAUCUUUAGUCUCAGAAUUAGAUCUUUUUACACAAAACACUGCAGUGAUUCCCAAGGUAAUUUCACUUGAGUUUUCAUCUUGUAAUCUUUAAAAAAAAAUCUCCAUCUGACUAUUUGUUCAACAUUCCAGAAAAUGUUUAAAGGUUUUUUUAGUCUCAUGUCAGACUGGACAUUUCUCUGCUGUGAGAGAAGCUGUAAAGCACCUCAUUAACUCUGCACUGGUACUCGGCCUUGAACUGGAACUUUCAUUCAACGCUGACAUAUUUUCUCCACAGCAGGUGUAGUGUGUAGAGCCACAGUGAUAUUGCUACUAAGAUGUAAAAGUUUAUUUUUGAAAGAACAGUUUCUACUUCAGUGGCUCAGGCGUGUGACAAGCAAUAAGUCACACACUAAGCUAAGGGGGGAAAAAGCAGGCCUCCUUUGUGGUGUACAUAAACAAUAUAAGACAAUCUGCUGUGACGUCACACCUGAGGCUGCUGAGAUUGUUGAGAUUGAUGCUCUGCUCAACAGACAGGUGACUCAGAUGAAAGCGAAGCUCGUCCCCUUUACAAAAGGCAUUAACAUGCAGGAAAGCAGCCUUAAGCCAGCGGACCAGUGCACUGAAGGUC